AUAGACUAGCUGUGAUAAUUAUUGGAAUAGUAACAUUAAUUUUAGGAAUAAUGCUAUCAACAAUACCAUGGCUUGAUUAUUUUAUAUUAAAGAAUUUAAGGCUAUGGAAUGAUACGUUAAGUUUUCAUUACUGGCAGAGGCCUGGUGUCAUACGAUUAACUAAAGUCUAUAUAUAUAAUGUCACAAAUCCAGAUGAAUUCCUGAAUGGGGAAAAGCCGAGCUUAACGGAAGUGGGGCCAUUCGUUUAUAGAGAAGACAUGCAGAAGGUGAAUGUACAUUUCUACGACAAUCAAACAGUGUCAUAUCAGCACAAGAAAAUUCUACAAUUCGUUCCCGAAUUGAGCAUAGACAAGAAUACUCCGAUAGUCACACCUAAUAUUCCUUUAUUGACUCUUACUAGUCUCAGUCCAAAACUAGGUUACCUGCUCUCAAAGACCAUUUCUGUGGUGCUAACAGCAGCCAAGUUCAAGCCUUUCAUCAAUGUGACCGCCGAUCAGUUGGUAUUUGGCUAUGAUGACGCGCUCGUUAGCCUUGCGCAUCGAUUUUAUCCAAAACAUUUGCGUCCAAUGGAGCGUAUGGGACUGCUCAUUGCGCGCAAUGGCACACUAACCGAAGUCUCAACAAUCAAAACUGGACACCAUGGCAUGGAAGAAUUCGGUUACAUAGAUCGCCUCAAUGGACUCGAUCACUUACCGCACUGGCACAAUCCACCCUGCAAUCGUAUAGCCGCCUCGGAAGGUUCCUUCUUUCCACCGCGCGACAUAACAAAAUCGGAUAUGGUUUACCUCUACGACAAGGAUUUGUGCCGCGUCAUACCUUUGCAGUACCAAAGAGGCGUACAAAAAGAUGGCAUCGGCGCUGAUCUGUACAUCUUGCCGGAGAAUUCUUACGGCGAUUCCUCGAAGAACCCUGAAAACGAAUGCUUCAAUCCAAGUGACUACGAGGCGAAGAAAGGACUACAAAAUAUCAGUCCCUGCCAAUACGGUGCGCCUGUCUAUAUAUCCAAUCCGCAUUUUUACCAAGCCGAUCAGUCGUUGCUGGACUCGGUAGUGGGACUCAAACCGAAUAAGAGCGUACAUGAAACAUACUUCAAAAUUCAAUCGAAAUUGGGUGUUCCACUCGAAGGCAAAGUACGCAUUCAACUCAAUCUCAAGGUGACACGAGCGAAAGAUGUGUAUCCGGUUAAGGAUUUUCGGGACUUUGUGUUUCCCAUCAUGUGGCUAGAAGAAGGCAUCUCCGAGCUAACGCCUGCCAUCCGUCGGUGGAUCUACUUGGCCACCGUAUUCGCGCCCAUCAUCAUACCGAUCUCCUCGUAUCUGAUGAUCUUUGGCGGCGCGUUCGCCAUUGUGUUUAUCUUCGUGCGUGCCUACCAAAACUUCGUGUUCGCGCGCGAUCCCACCCUGGAGAUUCUGGAGAUGGGUCGCCGUUCAUUGCGGCGCGGCAGCAGCUUCAUCGCGCAGCAUCAGCACAAAUUCAUGCAUCGCGACAGCUAUACGCUGCUGAAGACGGUGCCGGGAGACUUGUUGGACGACACAGAGGAUGCGAUACCGAUCAUGACGAAUAAUAGUUCAUAGUAUUCGCCAGCAAGUGAAGUGAAAUUGAACGAUCCAUCAAUCGAGUCUCAUACACACACACACACACACAUGUACAUACAUACGUUUGAGUGAUCGUCUUUCGAAUUUAGUUGUUAAUUUCGUAGUUUUUUAAGUCAAGUGUGAGAAUUAUUUAUGAAUGAGAAUUAUGGUAUGUAUGUAUAUAAGUAUGUAUUUUGAGGAGCGUGUGUGUCGUAUAUUUAAAUAAGGAAAUGGCGUACAACGAAGAUGAUAACAACAACAAAAACAAGAACAUGUGAUUUAAGUUAUUGCUUCGUAGGAGUUUCUAGUUUAAGUGUAGUGACUUUGAGUUGAAUUUUUCAAAUACUUUUUGUUGGAUGAGCUGUUUGUUUGUUUUCUCUCUUUGUGUGUGACUCUUUGUGAGCGUGAGUCUGCAGCCUUUAGUGCGUUUUAGCUCUAAUUUUUCAACAAUUUCAUAUUUAGUUAGGAACUUGAAGUUGGUAUUGUAUGUACACAACUACAUAUACAUACAUAUAGUGCGGUGUUUAGCUUUUCUCUUUUCUUCUAUUUCUUCCUUUACGUAUACCUACUCUACUUAUGCAUAUACUAAGCGACUUUCCAGGGUUAGUGGUAAACAUAGUUGAGCUUAAGUGCGCAAAUAUUCACAUACAGGCAAACGAACCGCAACGCACUUGCAUACGGACAGACAGACAGACAGCGUACUGUUAAAAGUGAAUAAAAACAUA